UCAUUCACUAUCCUAAUACACCCCCGCAGGGAAAGACACGCUCGCAAAACUUAUACAAACUAAUUACCGGUGUGAUUGUUCUAGUUAAGAGUGUGAAUAGUGUGGUUCUUACUUAAAUAGAGAUUUUCGAAAUUGCUGUUUUAAGUUACCUUUUGGAUUUUAUGCGUUCACGGAUGCGAGGAUGCUGCAUCACUAUAACUACUCGACGUCGUUGUCGCACUUUCUCAGCUAUCACCAGUUCGAAGAUCAGACAAGCAACGAGAACGAUCAGAGCACUGCGAGCGCUCUCUGCGAGGAUGAUGCCCGUUGCAAGGGAGGAUCCGUCGCCAGCAACAAAUCUUUCACUAUUGCAGCGAUCCUAGGGUUGAAAGGAGCCGAAGAGAAGGUCCCUGUUGGCGAUGACCUGAACGUCGUCAAUCUGAGUGUGCAUCCCGGUGGAACGGACGGCUCCGCAAGGGCUCUGGUCUCGAAUUGCAGCAGGUUGCAGCUUCCUGGUCGUCAUAGUUCUUCAGCAGUAGCCGUGACCGGACACCACUAUUCCGUCGGACCGGGAUGCGCCCAGCCGAGACACGCCGUGCGAGGCUUGAAGCAACUUUCGAAUCUUGCGAAUAAGAAGAGCUGCAAGAGUAAACGCGUGAGGACCAUCUUCACGCCCGAGCAGCUGGAGAGGUUGGAGGCGGAAUUCGAGAGGCAGCAGUACAUGGUCGGACCGGAGAGGCUGUACCUCGCACACACUCUUCAGCUCACCGAAGCACAGGUCAAAGUGUGGUUUCAGAACCGACGGAUAAAAUGGCGCAAGCAUCAUCUAGAGCUCACCCAUCAGAGGUUGGCCGUUCUCAAGCAGCAGCAGAUCCUCCUAGACGACAAUCAUCCGGAUAUACAGGAUACAAACAGCUCCAGCACGGAUACGUGAGUGACCAUCCGUCACCUCUCUCGUUGUUAUUUUAUUUUGUAAG